UGGAUCGAUCCACACAGCAAAGAAAGAGCAGAGUGGAGGAGAAGAUAAAGCAGCUCAAAAGAAGAAAGUGAAGGAGCUGAAAGUUCUUGAUUCUAAAUCAUCCCAGAAUCUCUCUAUUUUCCUGGGCUCGAACAGAUUGCCGUAUGAGGAGAUAAAAAAUGCAAUUUUGGAGGUGAACGAGAAGGUGCUUACAGAGAACAUGGUGCAGAGCUUGCUGAAGCUGUUGCCUGAGGAGGAGCAGCUAAAGGUGUUAUUAGAGAUGAAGGAUGAAUAUGAUGAUCUCGCGGAGUCUGAGCAGUUUGGAGUGGUGAUAAGUGCAGUGAAGCGUCUGAAGCCGCGGCUCAAUGCCAUCUUGUUCCGGCUGCAGUUUGAGGAGCAGAUAAAUAACGUGAAGCCAGACAUUGUGGCCGUGACUGCGGCGUGUGAGGAGAUGACUAAGAGCGAUAACUUUGCCCAGCUCCUUCAGAUUAUCCUGCUUGUUGGCAACUACAUGAAUGCCGGCUCACGCAAUGCCAAGGCUUUUGGCUUCAGCAUUAGCUACCUGUGCAAGCUCAGAGACACCAAGUCCGCAGAUCACAAGCAGACCCUCUUGCAUUUCCUGGCAGACACGUGUCAAGAGAAAUAUCCCAGUGUCAUGCACUUCCCUGAGGAGCUUAUUCACCUGGAGAAAGCCAGCAGAGUCUCCGCAGAGACGCUCCAGAAAAAUCUGGAUCAGAUGGGGAAGCAGAUCAAGAAUCUGGAGAAGGACAUCGAGACUUUCCCUCCUCCCCAAAAUGACAAGGACAAGUUUGUUGAGAAAAUGACGAGUUUUGUGGCAAUUGCACGAGAGCAGUUCGAGAAGCUCCAGCUGAUGCACAGCAACAUGGAGAAGCAGUAUGAGGACCUGGGCAAAUACUUUGUGUUUGACCCCAAGAAGAUAAGCCCCGAGGAGCUGUUUGGGGACCUCAACAACUUUAGGAACAUGUUCCAGCAAGCCGUGAUUGAGAAUCAGAAACGUAAGGAAGCAGAGGAAAAGAUGCGCAAAGCCAAACUUGCAAAAGAGAAAGCAGAGAAAGAGAAAGAGGAGAGACAGAAGAGGAUGAACGCUGGACACUCACUCAACAUCAAUGACGAUGGUGAUGAGACGGGUAUCAUGGACGGCCUGUUGGAAGCGCUGCAAUCAGGAGCUGCUUUCAAAAGGAAGAGAGGACCACGGCAAGCAGGAAAUCGGAGAGGAGCUGGCCAUGCAGUGACGAACAUUCUCGCUAAAGAGCUGCUGCAGGAAGACCCCAAGGCUGGCGUCACAGCCAAAAAGAACCGAUUGGACAAUGAGAGCAAGAAGGCAGAGUCACCUGAAGACAUGGGCUCGCUGGAGGAUCUCUUGGACGAUGCCCCACUACGGUCCAGUUAGGAACUUCCCGAGCUGAUCCUCCCUUUCCUGCUGAAGGAGUCAGAGGGUUGGACGUUGCUUGGGGGCCAAAUGUGACGACGGGGCUUUCUCUGACCCACAUCCCCAUGUUAGCCUUUGUGGCUCACCAUCGGCCAAUUUUACUGUAGUGGAAGGGCUCUGUUGGCCCCGCCCCUAAUCAGAGCUUAGAGAGUGCUAGCACUACACCUGCACUCAUCCAUUGCCCUGUUUUCAUCACUUUUUUUUUUCCCCCCUCCGUAUCUUUUUUUUUUUCAACACUUCUUGUUACAUUUAGAUCAACCCAAAGAUCGGUUCUUAAAUUUUGACACACAUCAGGUGAUACAUUCCAGGAUAUUUCUGCACUUGCGUUUAGUUUCUUUUACCUUGUAGUUGUUUUUCAGUGCUUUGUAUUUACACACACGCAUUCAGUUUGUUGGGUUUUUUUUUUCUGGAGCCGGUUGUAACGACCGUGCAAAACGUACUGUAUACAGAGUGUUCAAGGUAAAGUGAAUUUCCAUUAUAUUAGCACAAGGUUAACCAAAAAAAGUGCCAACUGUUAGCUUAGAAAUGUACAUACCAGCAAACUAUUCAACAAGAGUGUGCCUUAAGGGGAGUGGAAACCAACCAAACACAGCAAGACAUGUUCAGAGAGAGAGAUGAAGGUCUAGUACUUCACUGUGAGAUUUUUUUUUUUUUUCCCCCCCAGCUGUUUGUCUUUUUGAAAGCUCUGGCUGCACAUCUCGUAGCUAAAACCAGAAUAGUCUCUCAUUACAUCACCACAGUGAUGGCGUUUACGCAUUUAUACACUGCGCUGUGUCAUAAACAUCUCAAACAGUUCUGUUUUGUGCAUGUCUGAGAGAUACGGAUAGGCAUGUACUGAAUUUCCUGCUGCCCAGAAAAGCACUGCAGUCUGCGCCUGUUAUCCUGUUUGAUUUAAGACAGAUUUUGAAUUUGCUUGUGCCAGAUGAACAAACAGUUCAUUCCCUGCAUGCUGGGAAAUCUUUAGCUGUCAGGAAGAAAAACAAAUAUUAGAAUACUUGACUUACCGUACUGCUCUCUCACUUAGAAACAUAGCCAAGUUUCAGUAUUUCUGCUGGAAAUAAUCACCUUUUAGUGAAAUGUUACUUGCGGUUUCACUGCUCUUAAACAUAUCAAUAAUUAUACUCUUUGCUGGAACCGUAUACACACGUCACAUGUUCGAUAUCUGUAAGAGAUGUCUUUUGAAAGACAUCGUCCUUAAUGUACCGUAACAUACAUCAUCGUACGUCUUAAAACACUGGACACGUGCUGAUUGGACUGCAAGGCGUUCUGCAUGUCGUGCCGCGAAUGCGCGACUGCUUUCGAUGCCAUGUUUUAUCCUGAGAAGGAGUCUUCCAUAAAACUUUCCGACUCUACUCUACUCUAUGUAGCUGCGCGUAAGGAUCAUUUAGCAAUCGUAAAGCCUCCACGCGUCAGCCGAGCUGUUUAGCUUGUGUAAAUCAGUUGAAGAUUUAGCCAGAGAACUGACUGUCGUACGGUAAGCACGCGCUCGUUUUCGCUCAUCUGGCAUUAAUACCAGGGAAUCAUUUGCAUAUAUGAACUCCAUGUAAAGGCCAAUAAAAGAAAGGGUGGAAGAAAAAGGAGUUUUAAAUUCAUUUGCACCUCGCAAAGUUUUUUAUGCUUUGCAUUUGCAAAUUUAGUAAGUUCACCAUAUGGUAGAUCUCAGAAUGGCACAAAGGGUUCACUGUGAUAUUAAUGUCAAAAUAAAUCCAUGCAACAGUAAAAGCUUUUUUUUUUUUUUUUUUUCUUUUUCUCUCUUCUCGUUUGGAUGGGCAUUUUUUUUUUUUUUCCAGAGCCCUCCGGAAGCCAAACAUCAGGUCUGACUUGGUCACUGAUGGCUGGAUUAGAGCCUCAGAUGGCAUUUACUGAAUGAAUGUUCCUGUUUAAGUAUGUUAAGUGAUUGAUUUAUGUACAUGCUGGAAAGCAUCAAUACAUCACUGGAUUGAGAAAUAAAAUGCAUAUUUUUUUUUUUUUUUCCAUUUUAUGGACAGAUUUUCUAUAUAAAUUUUUAUUGAUUUUUGUUUUAUUUUUAAGAUUAAUGUAAUUAGAAAUUCACUUGGUAAUGUGUGUAUAUUGAAUUAUCUUUAGAUAAAUGCUUCCAAUUGUGUUCAACC